AGAAGAAGAAGAAGAAGAAGAAGAAGAAGAAGAAGAAGAAGAAGAAGAAAGAAGCGCUAGCUUAGCUUUUCACGUUUGUUGUGUGCUUUAACAUAUUAUACAAAUGUAUCAUGUUUAAUCCACUUUCUGUUCACGGCUACCUAAAAUACGUUUAAAUUAGUUUUGUUGCUGCUUCCUGUGGUGUCGUUGAGCUCGUUCUGGCUUGAAGAGGCUGAAUCGUAGAGAGACGUCGAGAAACGAUGGCAGAUCCUGCUCGGAUCAAAACAGAAGAUUCUCUUCCGAAGACGGCAGCUUCUGUUAUCGAUGAAGAAGUAGUUAGGAAGGAUCAACCUGAAAAUGAACUCGUCUCAGAAAAACCUACAGAAGAAAAUAAAGAACCGAGCGUGCAGGAUCAGCCCACACCUCUGGUUAAAGCUGAAACGACAGCAGGAGACGACGAGGAUGAGGGAACCUCUGGCCAGCCUGCUUCUAAGAGGCUGAAGGUGGAGCCAGAGAAGAAAAAAGAGAAGCGCCACAAGGUCGAUGAGGACGAAAUACAAAAGAUGCAAGUGCUGGUGUCGUCCUUCUCUGAAGAGCAGCUGAACCGUUAUGAGAUGUACAGACGCUCUGCCUUCCCAAAAGCUGCUAUUAAAAGGCUGAUCCAGUCCAUAACAGGAUCGUCGGUGUCCCAAAAUGUGGUCAUUGCGAUGUCUGGUAUUGCCAAGGUGUUUGUUGGAGAGAUUGUAGAAGAAGCUCUGGAUGUUUGUGAGAAGUGGGGCGACACGCCGCCCCUCCAGCCGAAGCACAUGAGGGAAGCCGUGAGGAGGCUGAAGACCCGGGACCAGAUCCCGAACACCAAGUACAAAAACAUUCUGUUUCACUGACAGGAGGAGGAAAAUGGGGAUUGAACUGUCCCAGGAGUUCGGUGCCAGCGUCCACAAAGCCACCGCCCUCCGACCUUCUGAGUUGGGACACAGCGCUCUGAGGUUUAUUAACAAAUACUCAAUGAAACAAUCUGUAAAUAAAUCUUUUUUACUCACUUUUAGUUGGAAUUCUUCAGAAAUAAUAAAAGGCAAUUAUUUUGAAUUCUGAUUCAUGGAAAUAAAAGACGAUAAUUUAACUAUA